AUGGGACGGACUCCAGUCUACAGGUACAUCACCCCAGACACCACCCUGGGACGGACUCCAGUCUACAGGUACAUCACCCCAGACACCACUCUGGGACGGACUCCAGUCUACAGGUACAUCACCCCAGACACCACUCUGGGACGGACUCCAGUCUACAGGUACUUCACCCCAGACACCACCCUGGGACGGACUCCAGUCUACAGGUACAUCACCCCAGACACCACUCUGGGACGGACUCCAGUCUACAGGUACUUCACCCCAGACACCACCAUGGGACGGACUCCAGUCUACAGGUACAUCACCCCAGACACCAAUCUGGGACGGACUCCAGUCUACAGGUACAUCACCCCAGACACCAAUCUGGGACGUACUCCAGUCUACAGGUACUGCAUCACAGACACCACCCUGGGAUGGUCUCCAGUCUACAGGUACAGAACCCCAGACACCACUCUGGGACGGACUCCAGUCUACAGGUACAGAACCCCAGACACCACUCUGGGACGCACUCCAGUCUACAGGUACAUGACCCCAGACACCACUCUGGGACGGACUCCAGUCUACAGGUACAUCACCCCAAACAACACACUGGGACGGACUCCAGUCUACAGGUACUGCAUCACAGAAACCACCCUGGGACAAUCAUUAGUCUCACAAUCACGGGGACGUAAGGGACUCCAGCUGAAAGACAGACAGACAGUCUCACAGUCAAGAGGACAGGAAGGGACUCGAAUCUACAGGUACUGCACCUCAGACACCACCCGGGGACAGUCUCCAAUCUACACGUAA